CUGAGUUAACAAGCCCCAUUCUGAAGAAGCUAACCAUUUUACUGUCUCAUUUUUUUUCCCUUCCAGAAUGGGUUCCAGGUGGGCUCCUUGCGUGUUGAUUCUGUUAGUGAAUCUUAUCAGGCUGGAUUCCUCCAUGGCCCGAGGCAAAGUCUCUCCAGAAGAUUUUGUGAUUCAGGCAAAGGCUGACUGUUACUUCACCAAUGGGACUGAAAAGGUGCAGUUUGUGGUGCGAUUCAUUUUUAACUUGGAGGAGUAUGCACGUUUUGACAGCAGUGUGGGAAUGUUUGUGGCAUUGACGGAGCUGGGGAAGCCUGAUGCUGAGUUGUGGAAUAACCGGUCAGAUAUAUUGGAGAGGUGUAGAGCUUCUGUGGAUGCCCUCUGCAGACAUAACUACUGGCUGGGCGCCCCCUUCACUGUGGAGAGAAAAGUACAACCAGAGGUGACUGUGUAUCCCGAGAGGACCCCAUCCCUGCAGCACCGCAAUCUGCUGCUCUGCUCUGUGACGGGUUUCUAUCCAGGAGACAUCACCAUCAGGUGGCUCCGGAAUGGGCAGGAGGAGAGCGCCGGGGUCAUGUCCCCUGGCCUUAUCAGGAAUGGAGACUGGACCUUUCAGACAGUGGUGAUGCUGGAAAUAACGCUUGAACUCAGAGAUGUCUACACCUGUGUUGUUGACCAUCCCAGCCUGCUGAGCCCUAUUUCUGUGGAGUGGAGAGCUCAGUCUGAACGUUCUUGGGAAAAGAUGCUAAGUGGAGCUGCAGCCUUCCUGCUCGGGCUGAUCUUCCUUGUGGUGGGACUCGUCAUCUGCGCCAGGGCUCAGACAGGAUAUGUGGAGACUCAGUUGUCUAGGGACAAGCAGGUUACGAGAGCAGAUCCCUCAUCACUGCUGUGCUAAGGUCCUAACUGAAGCUUCUUCUCCUGGAACUUGAAGUACCACCUGGGUCCUAGGCUAAGUAAAGGACAUUCAGAGGUCAGUGUUUCAGAGUGACUUUGCCAUGAGGCCUUGGAGGAGUUCUGAGUUUCCUAGAGUUUUGUGUCCUGCGAUCAUGCAUUGCUCACCCUUCUGCCCUCCUGCCUCCUACUCAUAUAGGUCAUAGUCCCCACAUCCAAGGACAUUGUGCAGAAAUUCCCCUAAGCCCGAACUCCUUCCUGUCCCAAGUGGUGCACUUUCUAUGAUCCAGUCCCAACCCAUAAACCGUUAUCCCCGUGUCUUUCUCUUGACCAACUGCAAUCUCCACCGCCUUCAGAAGACAAAUGCUCAGAUGGUCACUGUUUCCUUUUCACUGUUUUUUAGAACCUUUUUUAUUGUAAGAUAAAAUGGAGAUACAAAUAACCACAAAAAAAUGUUUAAUUUAAUGAAUUAUUUAAGGCAAAACCUUUAUAAUCACCACUCGGGUCAAGAGCUAGAGCUCUGCCAGCCACCGCAGAAGACUCCAUGGGCCUCAGGACACAUGUUCAGAAAUUUUACUGGGAUGUAUCUUGGUUUUAGUUGUGUGGGUUGAGUUUCUCAAAUAAACUAUG